GAGUCUCGCGCGAUUCCUGUCCGCUGGCCACCGUCCGCCGAAGGAAUUGGAAUUCCUGUGGAAUGGAUCGUUGCUAGAGAUACAUGGCGUGGCACGUCGCGUCACGUCGCGCCACGUCUCGUUCCCGUGCAGCUACCGAACCUCCUACAAUUGGCAAAUUGACAGAUCCCGAACGAGCUCCCACGACUCAACGAUGCCACUCUACGAUGCUACCUAUCCGUAUCCGCUAUUAACAGCUGAUUACGAACGAUCCCGUACAGUGAAUGCUCGCUGUACGCGGUUCAACUGGACCCCGGGAACCCUACAACCGCUACUACGUUUCGGAACAUCCCACGCGCUAUUUCCAGCUACACAGCCAAAUAACCGUAAUAAUGCAAUGGUGUGGCGACGAUAAACCUUUUUCCACGGCCUACACAUUGUCAACGGGAGCAAUAGUCUCGACAGUACCGGCAUCAUCGCCACCACCACCGCCAACAACAAUAACAACAAUAACAACAACAACAACAACAACAACACCAGGGCCAGCAUCAGAACCAGCCCACAUGCACGAAAGAACAUUUCACGAUUCAAUGGAUCGCGUGGCAACCUUUAUUAUCGCCACUCUUUGAUCGCCUUCGCUCGAACGCCCGCGAAAUUGCCACGGACAAGCGUGUCUGGUACGCGCGUUAGG